AGUACUUCCCUUUCCUGUGUGACUUUUCCUCUCCCCAUUCUGUUUCCACAGCAAUCAGGACUUUAUGAGUAUAAAAUCUUCGGUGGUCUUGCUGACUGUCCCCCACAACUGUGUGCAGAUGUCUAUAUGGAUUUAGAUUUCAGAAAGCAAUGGGAUCAGUAUGUUAAAGAACUGUAUGAGAAAACAUAUGAUGAUGAAAAAGUAAUCUACUGGGAAGUGAAGUACCCUUUUCCUCUCUCAAACAGAGAUUAUGUCUAUAUUCGUGAAUGUCGAGAGAUGGAUGUUGAUGGGCGGAAGAUCUGGGUUGCGUUAGCUCAAAGUGUGUCUGUUCCUCAGUGCCCUGAAAAGCCUGGUAUUAUCAGAGUUAAAAGCUAUAAACAAAGUCUGGCAAUUGAAAGUGAUGGCAAGACUGGAUCUAAAGUCUAUAUGUACUAUUUUGAUAAUCCUGGUGGCAUGAUUCCAUCAUGGCUGGUCAAUUGGGCUGCCAAGAGUGGUGUGCCUACUUUCUUGAAGGAUAUGCAAAAAGCUUGCCGUAAUUAUUCUAAGAGCACAUAGGUCAAAGUUGAUCGGAAUUGUUUAAUUCCUAGAGCUCUGCACUUACGGGAGUGGCUAUUAUAUAUUACACUGGAUAAAAUCUACCUC